AAAGAGUAAUCGUUUUGGAAAAGCCCACGAGAUGGAAUCCAAGCUGAUCCACUCGAAAGUGGUGGUGAAGAACAGUUGCUUGGUUCCUCCACGGGAGAAGCUCGAGUCUCCUAUUGCCAAGCUUAUCCCCUCGGCUCUUUCGCAUAUGACAUGGUUCCUGCCUUACAGAACUCGCUUUCUCUUCUUCAAGAAUCCAGUCGAUGAUCCUCCUUGUUUCGACGACAUUGUAGCGAAGCUUAAGGAUUCCCUCGGCAAGGCGCUCACCGGGUUUUAUCCCAUCGCUGGGAGAUUGCUGGUCAAGGAAGAUGGCGGUGGAAUGGAGCUUGUCUGCAAUGGAAAAGGAGUGCUCUUCAUCGAGGCGGUCGCGGGAGUCUCUCUUGACGAGCUUGCAAAGAACGAGGUGAAUGGCCACUAUGUGGGAAUCCCGCUGAGAAUGCUCCUGGAUCUGGCACAAACUGGAGAUCAUCUUCUCAAGUGGCCAUGGACUUUGGAUCAUCCUCUAUUCAUCACACAGGUGACGAGAUUCGCAUGCGGUGGGAUUUGCAUCUCCGUGAAGUUCAAUCACCAAGUCCUGGAUGGGACCGGAGCAUGGCACUUCGUCAAGUCGUGGUCCGAGAUAAGCCGCGGCGAAUCCCCGUCGCUGGAGCCGGUGGUCAUGGAAACUCCAUCCACCAUCGCGAUUCUCCCGCGCGACGAGAAGCUGGAGAUCGAGCUCCCACCGGAUUUCAUGCUGUGGAAGAACUCGGACGUCGUUCGCAACUUCUCCGCCCCUCACGGCAACGAUCCAAGCUCCACCACCGCCAUGAAAUGCUUCUCUUUCGCAAAGGAGGAGAUUGGAUCGCUCAAGCGGGAGAAUCCCGGGCUCACCACCUUCCAGCUCCUCACCGCCCACAUCUGGAGGGAGAUCUGCCGCGCGAGGCAACUCCACGACCGCGAGUCAACGGCACUGUUCUUCGCGGUCAACUGCCGCGGGAAAGUCAAAGCUCUCCCGGCCGGCUACGUUGGCGAGGCGGCCAUGAUGGCUAGGACCUCCACCAGCGCUGGGGAGCUACUCUCCCACAAAGGAUUGGAGCGAGGAGCUCGGCUUGUCAAGGAGAAGAUCAUCCAGAGCAGUGACGAGGAGGAGGUGAGUUUCUACUGCAAGUUGGUUGGAUCUUCUCGCGGUGGCGAGUUUACAGUGAUGCCGAGAUUGGCGCUGGACAAGGAUGUGAAUGUCGGGAGCUCCUUCUACUUCCCGGUUUUCCAGGACUUUGGAUUCGGCAGAGCUUGCGGAGUGGCCAUCUUUCCCGUGAUCGAAGAUGGCAAAGUUUACUACUUCCCAGCGCGAAGAGAGGGUGAUGUGAUUGCUUACGUUUGCUUGGAGCAAGAAGUCAUGAACAAGCUCCACCUUUGAUAGUAUAGCUUGAUAGUCGAGUGCCAAACUAAAACAAUGAAGAUUCGAUUCCACUCGAGUCUUGUCCAAAGAAGACAAAAGAGAAGGAGAUAAAAAAACCCCUUUGGAGCCU